AUGGCGUCUUCUUCCCCGAUCCUGCAGCAGCUGGGCUGCUUCCGGUCCCUCCUCCUGAAGCCUCAGUCCCUGUCGUCCACCGUCAACAACCAGAUCGGUCGCCGUGCGCUCAGCACCGUCUACUCCGCGAAGCCUGAGCCCAAGCCUCUCCCUAAGAACCUGCCGGAGCAGUUCCUUCGUCAAUUACCGCUUCGCAUGCGGCCGAAUCCUGAGCGCAAAGAACGCAAGAUCCCUCCUCCGCCGCCGGCCCCUCAGUGCAAGGACCCCGUGAACGCCGUGCAAGAGGCCCAAUUGGCGCAGCUGGACCCCACGGGCGAGCGCCGCGCUCUUUUCGACUACAGACGGAGUCCUCGCAGUGUCAAGGUCGGAGAUGUUUUGCGGGUGACGUUCAAGAACGGAGAUCCGUUCUCCGGAGUGUGUUUGAGCAUUCGGUUGCGCGGCAUUGAUACGUCGUUCUUGUUGCGGAACCAGUUGACGAGAGUUGGAGUCGAGAUGUCCAUCAAGGUGUUCAGUCCUAAUGUUGAAAGUGUGGAGAUUGUGCAGAGGGCGGAGAAGAGAAAGAGACGCGCGAGGUUGUAUUACAUGAGGAAGCCCAAGCACGACAUGGGCAGCGUCGAGAACCUCGUUGCGAACUACCUCCGGCAGAAGAGAUCGCUUACCGGCAAGAGGGGCGGUGGCCAGACGAAGAGACGGUAG